ACUAAACUUGAUGAAGUUGGACAACCCCCUCACACACUCACACACUCAUCUCCGUGCUGCUGCAGUGGUCGACGCUGUCAUGACGUCAGAAGUGGUGCAGGAAGAUGGGGCGCGCAAGGGAUGGGGGAGACAUCAACACAACACGACCAUGAAACGGUAUGAUGACAAACCGGAACAGUAAGUGUGUUGGUACACCGCCUGAUCAGAAAGUAUGGGGAUCAGGAUCACCGGCAAGGGACAACAGAGCCACAGGAUGGUAAUCUUGGCGGCCAUCUUUGUCCUGAUGACACUCCUCAUCCUGUACGGCUCUAACAAUGUUGGCGAUGACGUCUAUGCUCCCUUCCAUGUGGCCACAAAUCAUGCUCUAAUGACUACAGAUCUGAAGAAGUGGGCUGGCAGAGAAGGAUAUGUACCGGUCAGCGGAAACAAGAACAUGUCCCUGCGCUGUCACAACUGUGCCCUGGUGACGAGCUCCAGCCACGUCCUGGGCAGCGGAUCCGGAGAAGAGAUCGACCGUACGGAGUGUGUGAUACGAAUGAACGAUGCCCCGACGAUGGGCUACGAGUCGGAUGUGGGGAACCACACCACUCUGAGGGUCGUAGCUCACUCCAGCGUGUUCAGGGUAGUGCGCAGGCCCACUGAGUUCCUGCAACGAACUGACAGUAACCCUGUGAUCAUCUUCUGGGGACCCCCGAGUAAGAUUGGGAAGGAUGCCAAAGGAACCUUGUACAGAUUGAUCCAGAGGGUCAGCAUGACCUACAGUAACCUGUCUUGUUUUAGUGUCACGCCCAAUAAGAUGCGCAGAUUUGACAACCUGUUUCACAGAGAGACGGGACGAGACAGACAAAUGUCUCACUCAUGGUUGAGCACAGGUUGGUUCACCAUGGUCAUAGCCAUUGAGAUUUGUGACAAUAUCAAAGUUUACGGGAUGGUUCCACCCAAUCACUGCUUAAAAAAACCUGGAUCCAAAAAGAUGCCCUACCACUAUUACAAGCCCAGGGGACCGGAUGAAUGUUUGACAUAUCUUCAGAAUGAAAGCGGCCGCAGAGGGAAUCACCAUCGCUUCAUCACAGAGAAACAGGUGUUUGCACGCUGGGCCAAGCAGUACAACAUCACCUUCACUCGUCCCAAAUGGUGAACAGACUUUGAUGACAGAGAUUCCCCUCUGAGCGCUUUGAGCUGGAAUUUCAUUGUAGCUUCCCACUGAAUGAGCUUCAAACAUCCACAUGAUGAACGACAGCUAUUUUCAGAACACGCCGGGAGAAUGAAGAAGCUUUGGGGAAAGAGCUAUUAUUGGACCAAAGGACUGAGGGACUGAGGAGAUUUAUGGGGUGUUUUCUGUCACUGAAGAAAGCGGAAUCACAGUCUGAAGAAGGAUCUGGAAAAAUAUACUCCACUUUGACAAAAGUGUUUUUGUUAAUAGAAACAAAAGGAGUUUUUUUUAUAUGUUUUUAAAACUUUUAUGUAUUGAAAAUGCACUUGUGUUUCCCGUGUUGUGGGAAAGCUUUGACUAAGUUGGUACACAUAACUAUAUCCUAUUAUCUGUACAUCUGUUAUGAGCCAUGUCACCAGGGGGCAAAUCAGAUUUCACAUUCAACUACAGCACAGAUAUCACAAUUAGCACAAACAACAAUAAUGAUACAUUUACAGCUAGCUUUAAAAAUAACUUUCUACAAACUGUUUCCGGUGUCGCAACUGUGUUAAAUAUCUCAGUCUAAAGCAUCUCUACGAUGCUGAAGAAGACUGAACACAGCCAUCCUUAAGGAAACGUCUGAUUAGGAAUCAAUCCCUGCUGAUAAUCUGAAAGAGAUCGUUGGUGCUACAGACACAUUUUGAAGAUUGUACCUUACAACACCGGUGUUAUGUUCAGCUUUCAGCCCACUUUAGCAAACACCACUUUGACACAACACAGAGAUCGGAGCAUGAAGAUACCUUUAAGAGAUUUCAUUUAUGUUCAUUCAACAGUGCCAAACAACUCCACUGCUUGUCUUUUGCUUUGAGUUCUUUGCAGUAACCGGACACACUCACAGUCAGAUUGUACCAACCAGCUUUAUAGCCUAGAUACAGAUUUUAACAUCAUGCAAAGGUUACUUCUUGUCUCUUCACCUCAAGUACCCGCCUUUACCCUUCAUCGAAAGAUAUUAUAACUUGUACUGAAGUUUUACAGCACUAUAUUUUCAAUUGAAUGUUGGAAUGAAAAUGAGAGUAUAAAACUGUUGCUUAAACCUUUUUACCUCAGUGGCUUUCCAGCGCAUGCAGAUUCAGCUCAAAGACUCCACAGAAUGCAUCGCAGUUGUGUGACGUAUUGAAAUGUCGCUGCACGAAUGAAAGGGAAAAUAUUUCUAACCAUGUACAAUUUUAAAAAGAUGACGAGGGCAAAGUUUCUUAAACUUUUGUGCUUGAUUGAUGAUCAUGCAUUGGUUGCUUUAUUUCAAACAACUCGUGACUAUUGAAAAGAAUGAAAAUCUAAAAAAUGCACCGACUGUUACGCUGAAUAAAGAUUACACUGCUGUUCAUAAUGAUGCAGAUAUUUGCCGUAAAUUUUGAAAAAUUAUGAAUUUUACGAUCUGAAAAUGUAUUCUAUAUUAUCGGGAUUUAAAAUAAAUUAACAGCGAAGCA